AUCUGUCCUGCAGCCCCAGAAAUGCUCCCAUGAAGGAAGAGGCCCCUGGAGACCCUCCAGAGUCCCUGGAGACCUUUGUAGCUGCUCUGCCAAAGAGAAGAAGGAUGGAGACACCCCCUUUGGUCAAGGAGUGGAGCGGAAAAGGCCCCAUGGUUCUUCAGCCUGGGAGCUGUAGGGAGAGCUGGACCAGAACCAAGCAGAAGGUCCUGCAGGAGGGAACCAUCCUCCCUUCAGAAAGUCCGCCCUGGACCUCCAUCCAAUGCUGGGAGGCUGAGGGUCCUCGAGGACUUUGCAGCCGACUCCAUGACAUGUACAGGCGAUGGCUGAGCCCAGGAAAGCACAGCAAAGCCCAGAUGCUGGACCUGGUGGUUCUAGAGCGGCUCCUGGCUCUCCUGCCCCCAGAGAUGGAGGGCUGGUUGAGGGAGUGUGGAGCAGAGAGCAGCUCCCAGGCAGUGGCCCUGGCGGAAGGCUUCCUCCUGAACCAAGCGGAGAAACAGCUCCAGUGGCAGUGCUGCACUGUGGAGAUCAGAGAUCCUGAGGAAAAAAAGAACCCAUCAGAUCCCCCUCAGGAGCUAUUUUUCAGGAGGAUCCCUUGGGAAGACCCAAGUCAGGACACCUCAGGAGAGAAACAAAGAAUGAAGCUUUCUGGUUUUUAUGAAGGUGAUCAAACAGUGGUAGAACCUCCAAAUCAAGUAAGAAAGGGAAAAGAUAUUGGACUUUUAUUUUCCCUUCAGGAAGUGAAGCGGCCAAUGGCCCAGACUACUAGAUCAAUCAACGAUAGAGCGAUAGAUCAGUUAAUCCAGAAGUGGGAUUACUUUACUGAAAGGCACUGA